CACUUCCUCGUCUCCUCUGCCAUCUGUGUCGUAGGUAAUUUUUGGGGUAUGAUGGAUUCAAUAAACAAUUUGCCAGAUGAGAUUCUUGGCAAAAUCCUGUCUUUGCUUCCGACAAAAGUGGCUGCUUCCACAUCGAUUCUGUCCAAGAGGUGGAGGAAUCUGCUGGGUCUUGUAGAUAACCUUGCUUUGAUGAGUCGAUGGUUGUUUAUCCCAACGAAGAAGCUGAAAAUGGUUCACUUCGCUUCGUAGAUUUCGUAAACAAGACAUUUGCUCUGUUAGGCAAUUCUCCCAUCAAAAAGUUCUCUCUGCGUCAUGAGCCUAGACUUUACUGUGUAGAUGCAUACUUACGUUGGAUUUUCACUGCAAUGGAACAAGAACGUGGUUUACUGGAACUACACUUGUACGCGGAUCGAUAUUAUUAUCCUGUUGGUAUAGAGAGAGAGCUGUUCACGAGCAACACACUGGUUAAGCUCACACUAUCCGGUAGAUAUGAUUUUCAAGUUGAGACUGUGUUUCUCCCUGCCCUUAAAUCACUUUCCCUCUCAUCUUCUUUCGAGAUUGGUUUUGACAAAUAUUGUAACCUCCUCGAUGGCUUCCCUGCAUUGGAAGAGUUAUACAUUCGUGAAGCUGUAUCUGAACUUUCUAAUGCUUUACUAUCUAGCGGUACGUUUGUGAAAUGUGCAUCCAUCAAGAGACUUGUGGUUUUUACCGAUUGUCCAAAGUUUAAAGAGGAUGAGGAUCACCAAGAACCUUGUUUUAUAGCACCAAGUCUUGUCUACCUUGACUAUUCUAGUUAUCUCUCCGAAAAUUAUGACCUUAUUGAUUUGAAUUCGCUUGUUGAAGCCAGGCUGAAUCUCAGACUAUUGGAGUCAUUUAACAAUUAUGGUUCGUCUGAUAAUGAUGGUGAUGUUUAUGGUUGGGAUUUUAAUGUUCCUUUUGAUUAUUAUGGUGAUGUUACAAAUCUAGUUGCGGGUAUAACCAACAUUACAACCCUUCACUUGUCUCCUGAUUCCCUUGAGGUAUUUCAUUUCCGCUGUAAAUCCAUACCGGUGUUCAACAAUCUCCUCCUUAAUUUAUCUAUUGAGAGUAACAAGCGAAAUGGUUGGCAAGUAAUGCCACUUUUGAUCAGGAGUUGUCCAAAUCUGCACACUUUAGUCAUCAAGGGUUUUGUCCACAGAGUAACAAGUAAAUGCGGAGACGCAUGUGCUUGCAUCCCUAAGAAGCAGAGGAAGAUUGGAAAGAAAGAGGAGAUUUCAGAGUAUGGAGGUUCUUUUCAAGAGCUGGAACAGAUGAGACAUUUCUUGGGCAAGUUGGAACGUCUUGAAACUGUGAAAGUUGGUGUUCACGCAGAAAACAAUAACAACAAUGAGUUCUUGCGAGCUAAUCUACUGACUCUCCCCAGACUCUCAUCAAAGUGCAACAACAUCCAAUUCAUCUGACCUUUUCCUUCCUUGUCUUUUUUCGCUUUGAUCUCGCAAUGUGAAAGUAACGUGACAUGAAUAUGAUUAUA